AUGAGUAGCCACAGUCAUUCGGGCACAUCAUCGGCACAAGAAGUAGAUGUGGUUCGCAAAAAUGUGUCCGAUGAGGACGCAAACUCAAAUCUGUCAAGAAGAGCAGCAGCAGCAGCAGAAACAGUUGAUAAUAAUUCACAGCAAUCCUCCAGAACACAAGGAUCUUCUUUACAAAACCAAAAUGCUAAUAGAGUGAUGGACUAUGAUUCAGUUAUUUCGUCAGUAGCGUCAACCUCAAAGGAGUACGAGCAUUUGCAAGAACAACUUCGAGGGUCAAAGCCAGUACCUCGAGAAGAAUCAUGGUACAGGAGGUUUAUAGUUGGCAACUUGAUCAAAAACUUCGUGCCUGCUUAUUUCGUUUCAGUAAUGGGUACAGGAAUAUCAUCAACAAUCUUGUAUAGGUUCCCAUUUCCAGCUCAUUGGCUAGAAGUGUGCUCGUACAUCAUGUUUGGCAUAUGCUGCAUCUUAUUCAUUGUUAAUGUGAUUUUGUUCGUCAUGCAAUGCAUAUAUUUCCCCCAAAAGUUGAGAGCAUAUCAUGUCGACCCGUUGCAGGCGUCUUAUAUGGGUGCUUUUUCCAUGGGAUUUACAACUAUUGUAAACUAUACUUCCUUCAUCACCAAAGGCCAUCACAUGUAUUUGGUGUGGACGUUGUGGUGGAUAUCUGUCGCUUCUGCAGUCUACACUGCUUUCCCAAUCGUGUACUUUAGUUUCUUUUCCAAAUUGAAUGCAGUACAAUCUGACUCGAAAUUGAAUGCUACGUUGUUGCUUCCUAUUGUGGCGCUAACAGUGACGUCGUCCUCGGGUCAUCUAAUCGAGUUGAAUAUGUAUACAUUGAAUCAAAUUGUCAUUACCAUGAUUGUCAGUUACAUGUUGUGGGCAUUGUCAAUUUGUUUGGCGUUUGCAAUCAUCACUAUAUACAUAUGGAGGUUGAUCAUGCACAAGAUUCCCCCAACGCAGUUGAUAUUCACUGGAUUCUUGCCAGUGGGUUUCUUGGGCCAAUCGUCAUACAGUAUUUACUUAUUCGGCAAUAACUUGAACCAGCUAAUCCCGGAAGAAUUAGUGUACGGAAAAAUCUUCCUAUGCAUUGGAGGGUUCCUAGGAUUGUUUAUACUUUCAUUUGGCUACUACAUGACAUUUAUAGCUGUUGUGUCUAUCUUUUCAAAGAUACGACCAUUUGCCAAAACCCUCAAUGAUCAACAUACCAACAAGUACGGACUUUUGAAACACCACAAGGGUUUUUGGGCAAUGACUUUCCCUUUAUGUACCAUGUCUUUGUCCAACACCGAAGUUGGCAAAGGUGGUGUAGGGAACUACCCCUUACUAGCUUUUAAAGUUAUGGGUGCCGUUUUUGCUGUUGCCGGUAUUGGUAUAACUAUUGCUUGUCUUGUGGGGGUUGCCGUAUACACAAAUGGGCUUAUAAAGGGCGAAUUGGAAGUAAAGUAUAAAAAGUAUAAACAGAGAGAAAUGGUAUAG